GGAGCCACAGAGAGACAGGGACAUUGAGCUCAGAGAGUCCCAGCUCUCUCCGGCUGCUCUCAGCCUGAUUUAGCUGUUGACAGCUGCUGCUCACCAGCCCAGCUAGCUCUCGGUCCGUGGCCUAGCCAGCCCCCAAGCCCCAGACUAACUGUUCCAGGGAUUCCUCCAGGCCUCCCCCAAAUGGCUGAGAAAGAAGAGGCUGCCGCUGCUGCUCCUCAAAAUGGAGAGGGCGACUCUGAUAACCUGGAUGAUCCUGAGAAAUUGAAGGAGCUGAUUGAGUUACCGCCCUUCGAGAUUGUCACAGGGGAACGGCUUCCUGUCAAUUUUUUUAAGUUUCAGUUCAGGAAUGUGGAAUACAGCUCUGGCCGGAACAAGACCUUCCUGUGCUACGUGUUGGAAGUCCAGGGCAAGGAUGGCCAAGGCCAGAUGUCCCGGGGCUACCUGGAGGAUGAGCACGCUACAGCGCACGCAGAAGAGGCCUUCUUCAAAACCAUCCUGCCCACCUUUGACCCUGCCCUUCGCUACAAUGUCACCUGGUACGUCUCCUCCAGCCCCUGCGCAGCCUGUGCUGACCGCAUCUCGAGCACCCUGAGCAAAAACAAGAACCUCAGGAUGCUCCUGUUGGUGGGUCGGCUCUUCAUGUGGGAAGAGCCCGAGAUCAAGGCUGCCUUGAAGAGGUUGAAGGAAGCGGGAUGCAAGCUACGCAUCAUGAAGCCCCAGGACUUCGAGUAUGUGUGGCAGAAUUUUGUGGAGCAAGAAGAGGGAGAAUCGAAGGCCUUUGUGCCCUGGGAGGACAUUCAGGAGAACUUCCUUUACUAUGAGGAGAAGCUGGCUGAGGUCCUGCACUGAUGUGUCUUUACACGGCUAGCCUGUCACCUCCAAGAGACAUCAGUGAUAUACCCAGCCAUCUGGGACAUGCCUGUGGCUUCCUAAUACCACUUGGAGCCAGACAAUAUCCAAGUCAACUCAUCAAACAGGCCCCUAAUGGACUAAAAAUAUACUUCCUCUGUGCAUUUAA